AUGUCUAACAUCCUCUCUGUGUUCAACCCGCCGCCCGCACGCCCGCUCUCCGACGAAGAGGUCGGAACCGGUUGCUUCCCCUGCACCGCCAUGCAGGCGCUUACUGCGCUUGCGGGAGGAGCCUACUUGGCGUCGGGGUACGUGUUCAAGGACCUAGACACCGGUAAGAUUGACCUCAAAAAGAACCCUAUGUGGUGGCAGCGCAGCGUGCGUGGAAUGGGCACGGUAGUGGUGGGGUUUGGCGUCUUUCGGGGCGCAGAGGCCAUCCAGAUGUUGGCAGAAGGGCUUGAGUGA